UAAGCAAGAAUGAUAACACAAUAGAAGAAGCCCAAAAACGAAGAAAGACCAUAAGAAAUGGCCAGGUCUUUUACCCUCUUCCCAACACUUAUGAUAAUUAUCCUCUUUAUCGUGAUCAUCUCUUCACCUCUGAUCCAAGCCGGCUUCACCAAUGACCUCGACGGUCUAGGGUGGGCAACGAGCGGAGUCCAUGGCUCAGGCUGUCACGGUUCAAUAGCAGAGUGUAUCGGGGCAGAGGAAGAAGAAAUGGAUUCAGAGAUCAAUAGAAGAAUAUUGGCGACCACGAAAUACAUAAGCUAUCAGUCGUUGAGACGGAACAGCGUGCCUUGUUCAAGAAGAGGUGCGUCUUAUUACAAUUGUCAGAACGGAGCUCAAGCUAAUCCUUACAGUCGUGGUUGCAGCGCAAUUGCUCGUUGCAGGAGUUAAAACUCUACAA